AUGAAUCUCUCUAUUUAUUCCCUGCUUUUCUCUCCUUUUUACUCUCACUUUUCCCUCCAUUUUAGUCUCUCUUUUUAUUCCACUCUCUUUUUAUCACAUUUUCAUCUCUUCUUUUUUAUUCCCACUUUUCUCUCCUUUUUAGUCUCUCUUUUUAGUCCCUCUUUUUCUCUCCUUUUUAGUCUCUCUUUUUCCUCCUAUUUAGUCUCCCUUUUAAUCCCUCUUUUCACAAUUUUUAGUCUCUGUUUUUAUUCCCACUUUUCUCUCUUUUUUCUCAUUUUUAUUCCCACUUUUCCCUCCUCUUUGGCCUUUUUUUCCCUCCUUUUCUCUCCAUUUAUUCCGAUUUUCCCUCCCUUUUAUUCUCUCUUCUUAUUCCCUCAUUACCCCAUUUUUAGUCUCACUUUUUAUUCUCAAUUUUCCCUCCUUUUUAGUCUCUGUUUUUAUUCCCUGUUUUCCCCAUUUUUAGUCUCUCUUUUUAUUCACACUUUUAUCUCCCCUGCAGUCUCUCUUUGUAUUCCCUCUUUUUCUCUCCUUUUUAUUCCCACUUUUCCAUCUUUUUCGUCUCUCUUUUUAGUCCCACUUAUUCUCUCGUUUUUAUUCCCUUUUUUCCCUACUUUUAAUCUCUUUUUUCAUUCUAUUGUAAACACUCUUUUUAUUUUCAAUUUUUCUUUCUUUUAUUUCUUUCUCUUUUAUUUUCUCAUUUUAAUUUCUAAUUUUCUUUUUUGCACAUCAUUUAUCGAUAUCAUCAAAAAAUGCAGCGAUUUAAUUUAUUUAUAA